CUUCCUCCUUCUUUCUUCCAUAUUUCCUCUUCACACCCCUCUGCGAGACAGCCUGGUUCCUCGUCGUUUUCUAUCUGCAAAACCUCGCCAUCCUGCACGCCGCGCAACAGGAAGAAGAAGAAAAAGAAGCCAGUCGCUGCGAAGCCAACAACACACCAGAGACCCUUCAUCCGCCCCAUGUCGACGACCCUGGUGGCCCGCAGCGGGAGCAGCCACAGUGACAGCAGCGCCCGCGUUGAGGCGCUUAUUACCCAGCACGUGAUUCCCCCGCCGACAGCGCCAGGAGCACGACACCCCCGUGGGGCCGCCAGACGCUCGUGGCCUCGCAGCCUCGCCCGCUCCAUCGUCGUCGCGCCGCGCCCGACCUCGCCUGGCUUACAUCCCGCUCCGACCGCGGCUGCGACUGACCACACGUCGGCCCCAGCUCUCGUCGCGAGCCCAGCCCAGCCUCCACCGUCGGCGCGCACAGCUCCCGCGCAUCAAUCCGAGCGCCGCCGACCGACACGCAGAGUCAAUGCCCAGACCACGCAAGAAGGCCCCGGCAGGACGAAAGACGAGACCCAAGAAGACCCAGAAGAAGCCGGACGAAUACCAAGAAGAGGACGACGCCUGGUACACGAUCCGCGGCAUCAUUGACGAGCGGAAAGUCAAGGGCCGUCGCAUAGAGUACCUGGUGGACUGGGACGACAACCCAGAGACGGGCGAGGCCUACCCCCCCAGCUGGAGCGUCGAGGUCACACCGAAGGCGUUGGCCGAGUGGACGACGCGCAAGGAGUUGCACAGCAGCAAGCAAGCUGAGGAAAGGGCAUUGCUAGCAGAGCAGCAGCCUCUGCAAUCCGAGGACGAAGCCAACCCGCUACCCAUAGGGCACCUGGGGAGCCUCGUACCUUUGGCGGAGCAGGAGAGCUCAUUGCCAGCAGCGGACCAAGAGAGCCUCGUGCCUUUGCAAGAGCCAGAGAGCCCUCCACCAGCAGCGGAACAAGAAAGCCUUCUUCCAACAGCAGAUCAGGAGAGCCUCGUGCCCUUAGAGGAGCAGGAGAGCCCUCUGACAGCAGAAGACCUAGAGAACUUUCUGUGGGAGAGCCCUCCACCAGCAGCGGACCAAGAGAGCCUCCUGCCUUCGGCAGAGCGGGAGAGCCCUCUGCCAGAGCCAGAACCAGAACCGGAGCAAGACAGCCUCCUGCCCUCGGCGGAGGAGGACAGCAGUCAAGACAGCCGGCCUCCCCGUCCGGCCAAUUGGAGGAAGCUCGAAGCAACCCGCGCAGCGUCGACGAGACCUAGAUCCCCGAGCCGGGAGCCAAGUGAGAGGCCGUGCAAGAUUCGAAGAGUUGCUUACAGCCUUACUCCAUCCGAGGAGCCUCCUUCGAUAACUUCCCACGCGUCCGUCGCGUCCUUUGAAACUGUUGAGAGCCAAGAAUUGGAUAUCGCACGAGCGCAGACUUUAGCAUUCUAUGUUGAUCUAUGCCACAAGGACCCUUCAUUCAACCCGGCCGAAUAUCAAAGCCAGAGUGUGCCUAGCACCCAAAAUAGCGGAGGAUCGUCCCAGCCAGUAGCCGAAUUGGAGGCUGAAGACGAACGGCAGGCGAUCAACUCUCAAUUAACCGUGCGAACGACCGUACCAGACUCGCAGGAUCCUUCCGGCGACGGGUCCUGGCUGCAGGGAAGCAACGAGACCGCGGUCACGCAAGCCUUGGUGUCAAGCGGAGGCGCUCUAGCAUCGGCCUCGAACAGCCAAUCGAUACCAUCUGAGAUUCCGUCGCGACAACCGGAAUCGCAAUCGUUUCCGGCAGAGAGCCACAAGCCUUCUCCGCCAGUGUUGGAUCCCCCAGCAGAGGAGCAGCCGGGCGAGCGACGAGAGGACUCUGCCUCGGUACCACAUUUUCCGGGCGGCACGGGGGCCUCGGAGCCUCAGUCAAGUUCAAUAUUUCUCACGCAGCCACCAGCUAGAGACUUUCACGUGGCCGAGAGCUCUCUGGAGAGUCAAAGGCCGCAGUCAUCUGGUCACAGCGCAGUGCAGGAGACGCCUGCGUUAGAGAGCCGUAUCUCGGCCGAAUCCUGUCCGCCAGGUACGAGCCUUCCACCAGAGUCUCAAGACGCUCAAGUUGUGCAUCAAAACGACUUCAGUUCAGAAGAGAGCCGUUUCAGCAUACGGAGCGUCCAGCGGGCCCCCGCAACUCCCUGCGAUUCUAGUAGCCUGGCUCAACAGCUAGUAGACUCAGUAUUCCGUAAUUUCGGAGGAGUCGAGCCAGCCGACGCAAAGGAGGACAUCAUGGAGGGUGAUGGCGACGGUUCCGAGCCGCACCGCUCGGGAGCCGAAGACCUAAGUCACCUCGUUCACCUCGACGAGGCAGUCACGCCCGAGAUGCCAGCCGAGCAUCCGCCGGCUAUCUCGACCCCCGUCGCUGCUGAUCCGCCGCUGCCAUCUGCUGUCGACAUGCUCAGUCGCAUGGUCGACGACGCCUACUCAGCGGCUCCUGGCCAGUCUCUAUCUACUGCUAAUAUGCUCGACGAGCCCCAGCAUCAUCAACAUUCCACCGUCUCACCCGCGGACAUUUCCAAGCAUGCAAUUUUUGAAGGCACCGCCCUUCCUUUCAUGCAUUCUCUGACGGCUCAUGAAGCUCCGUCAUCGAAUCUGUUUGAAGGCGCUAGCUCAGAGUUACCGCCGCAGAUGGGACAGGUUCUCAGCCAGCCUGCCUCUAGCGCGUCUAGAGCAAGCGAUAUAGGCCCCCAGGACCCCAGGCAUAUCAUCACUCUCCCGUUUCAAGCCAGCAUGAGGCCAUUGUACGACGAUACGCUGCUGGAAUAUAAGCGGGAAGUGACCGCGUUCGGCACCAUCUUCAACAAUGAAGUCUACGUGCCGCCUGGCGAGGGUUUAGUCGGCAAGAUUGACGAGCUUCUGGGCCGGUUGUUCAGCAUCUGCGACUAUCCACAGGAUGCCGUGGGCACAGUUCUGGAAGCUCUGCCGCCGGCCCAGCUCGCCAAAUUUUCAUGCGACGCGAAUGCCAAGUUCAACUUUUUGUACGAGCUCUUACAGGGGCUACAAAAGGACGUCAAAAUACUGGUGGUGGCGCGUUCCGUCGAGCUUCUUCGGCUCCUGCAUGCUUUGACACAGGCUCUGGAUGUCGAAUGUGUCUGUGACGCCCUCAGCAUCAAUGACAGGCAUCCUGCGUCAGCAGCUACAGUGAGGCUUGCGUUGUCCAACGAAGACAUCAAUGGGUUUUCCUUUGACGUCGUCGUGGGGUUCGACCACACCUUUGGGAGCUCCCCCGUGCUGAAGGGCCUGGAGGCAGAUGAGGACGAGCGCCUCAAGGGGCCGCUGGUGCUGAUACUCGUCACAACGCACUCGAUCGAACAUAUCGACCUUUACGUGCCCUCAGACAUGAGCCCUCUGGAGCGCAAGAACGCGUUGCUCGCCGCGAUCGUUCAUGCCCGAAAGCUCAUGAGCGAUCCUGACAGAGGCUAUCCAGAGCCACACGAACUGGCAAGCCUGUUCGUCCAGUACCUCAACGGCGAUGUGGAUGGGGUUGAGUGGAAACCUAUCUCAAUACCGAAUGAUAUCCUCGACAUAUACGUGAACUCUCAGUCCCGAUCGCAACUUCCUGCAGUGAGCACUGCAGAAGACAGCGGGCGCAAGCGAAAGCUUGACGAGUCGGACGAUGACGAGCCGAAAAGGAUGCGCGUUCUCCCAAGCCGAGAGCCGGCCAUCAAAGACGACGAACUGCCUCUCCCUGAUGAAGUGCGGGACCUGCUCGCCAGCGUCGAUCCCAACUCAACGGCCAUUAAGGCGACGCAGGUGCAGGUCAAGGUGUCUCUCGCCGUCAUGCAAGCCAUUGCCGAGCAACGCGCCGAGCUCGAGCGCAAGCUUGCGGCCAAAGAUGCCGAGGAUGAGUACAAGGCCGUCAUCGACGGGCUCUCCAUGCGGGUCAGAGAACAUGAGCGGACGUCUCAUAAAAUUUACGAAAAGUAUCGACGGGCUUUGGGAGACCGCACCUUGUUCGAGAAGGAGAAGCUCAAGGCCGAGGCUGCUCUGCAAGCCGCAACGACUGCAGCUCAGAAAGAGGGCGACAAGGCUCGCACCCAAAUUGAGGAGCUAGAAGCAACGAUUACACGCCUGACUGCCGAAGCCUCGGGAGAGGACUCACCUUUGGCCGUCUCGGAGCGGCAACUCGCAGACGCGCAAGUUAGGAUCCAUACGCUCGAGAAGCGUUUCGAGAACGCACAAAACGAUGCCGCCUACGCCAGGAAUCUAUACCAGGACGCGUCUACAGCGGCGGCUGAGCUCAGGAACGAAAAUAGCCGACUCAUGGAACAGAACAAGGCAUUGGACGAGGAGAGGACGGCGACCCUCGAACGUGUCCAUCAGAUGCAGACCGAGCUGGAAACCAAAGAAUUUUUGGGACACAUUUGCAGCCUCAAGCAGCGGCUGAGAGACCGGGAGAGGGAGCUGGACACGCUUCGCGACGACGUGCGGCAGCUCAAAAACGGCCGAAGGGAAACUCGCCAGUCUAGCGUACCGCGCAGUCCCCGGAUGGGUAUGAUGAGCCCGCGGACGGGCCGUGCGUAUGGCGGUCCCGGUAGCAGGGGGACCAGCCCAGCGGCCGCCGGCGUGGACGGUCCCGGCCCGCAGUAUAUGAGCGUGCAACAGCAGCAGGGCAACGGGCGGUGGAAUCAUCUCCGCGACUAGGCAACUACCUUAUAUGGCGUUGGGCUAUGAGCAGGCGUUCGCAGAGACUCCGUAAUCUCGGGGCAUGAGAAGCGGCGUGCUGCAUCUGGACAGCAUGGGCGCGGAGGAAGGGCAUAUCAUGGCGAUAAACCAGACUGACCCGGUGGUGAGGGUGUGUUCUAGACUUAUACCAUUUCCUACGUAGCCUUUGCUCUGGGCGGUUGACUGAGCGUCGGCGUGGGGGCAGACUGGGCUCCAGAGCACGAGUCGAACGAUCUAGCAUUGGCAAGAG